AUGAACGGAUUGCCGAAAGAUCGUUCGGAAGUACUUAAUCUUAUAAAUGAAUGGAAUUCUACUCGACUUGAUUUAUUUAAAAUCAGUGAACCUAAUGAGGUUCUCGAUUUUUAUGGUGUUAUGAGAUUUUAUUUUCAAGAUGCAGAAGAUAAAGUCACAACAAAAUGUAUACGUGUUGCAAGUACAGCUUCAUCAUUAGAUGUUAUUCGUGUUUUAAUGGAAAAAUUAAGACCAGAUAUGAAAACAUUACCUAAUGAAAAAGAUUAUUGUAUUUAUGAAGUUCAUCCAAAUGGAGAUGGAAGAAAAUUAGAAAUGGAUGAAAAACCCUUAUGGGUUCAACUUUAUUGGGGAAAAGAUCAACGAGAAGGUCGUUUUGUUUUACAAAAUGCUAAAUUACCUAAAUUAACAAAACCAAUUGGUGGAAGUUUUAAGGAACGACGAUCAUCAAAACGUGAAUCAAAGAAGAAGAAGAAACAAGAUAAAAAAAAUGGCAUUGAUGAAAAUGAUAAUCAAACUGUAACACCUACAACUAUUGUUGAAUCAUUAUAUAAAUCAGUUCCUGAAACAAAUAAAUUUACGCGUUCAUUAUCAAAUCCUGAAAUGGUUAAAAAAAUUCAACAGGAUCGUUUAAAACAAAAAUUUAUUAAAAUUAGUACCAAAGAAGGAGGUGGUACUAUGAAAGUAUUUGGCGAUGCAUUAAAUCCAUCUAUACCAUAUAAAACAUUUCUUUUAUCAAUAAAAGAUACAGCUGAAUGGGUAGUUAAAGAAAUGCUUGAAAAAUAUGGUUUAAAACAUGAAGACCCACAAAAUUAUUGUCUUCUUCAAAUUGUUAUUCCACCACGUGAUCAAAUGGAUAAUAAAACCAUAAAAGAAGUCAUUCUUCAUGAUAAAGAAUGUCCAUUAAGUAUUUGUUUAAAUCACGCACAAAAAAACGAAGGUUCAAUAAUGUUUAAAGUUGUUAAAUGUCCACCUGAGUAUGUCGAAUUACGUCGACGUCUUCGAGUACAAGAAUCAGCAUUAGAUGCAAAUCAAGCACCAUCUAUUCAAGAUCGAACUAUUAAUGAUCAUCUUUCAAUGUUUGUUGAAGUUAAAAAUGACGGUACUGAUCUUUCAACACCACGUGUUAUUAAAAUUCAUCCAAAUACAACAUAUGUUGGUCGUGAUGCAAAAGCAGGCACUGGAAAACAAUAUUUUUAUAUUGAUGGUGUUGGAAUUGAUCGUGAUCAUUGUACAAUUCAUAAUCAAAAUGGUAUUGUUACUUUAACUCCUCGUGGUGAAGUUUGGUUAAAUGGUAAACUUGUUUCAACACCAUUUGUUCUUCAACAUGGUUCAUUAAUAUGUUUUGGACGAAAUUCAACAUUUCGUUAUUGUGAUCCACAAUUUGUUACUAAAACAACAAUGAAACCGAAACCACAAAUAAAUGGUGAGAAAUCAGUUAUACAUAAUUCUUUAUCAACUUUGCCAAUGACUGGAAUAAAAAAAUCUAAUCAAGUGGAAUCAAGUACAUUACAAAUUCGACCACCGAAAGAUUUACAACAAAAAAAACCGAAUCAAAUUGUUGAUCCAGGUACAAUGAUUGAUGUUCUACCAGGUUUAUUAGAAGUUCCUGUUGAAACUGAAAAUCGAUUUAUUCAUGCUAUUUUUGAAAAUUAUCCAUUAAAUAAUAUUCAAUUUCGUCUCUCACCUGUCUAUACACUUUACAUGGCAUUACGACAUCGUCUUUCACCAUAUGGAAAACCAAAUUUUCCGCUUGUACAAAAACAAGAAACUAUUAUUCAAUUACUUUAUCGUAUUGAAGAUAUGAUAAGUAAAAAAAUCGAAGAAUGUCAUGAACAUGGUGGUUAUCUUGCAUAUUGGAUAGCAAAUACAUCGGAAUUACUCUAUUUUAUAAAACAAGAUCGUGAUAUAUCAAAAAUUUCUCAUGAUAUACAAGAUCGUUUAGCUGAAUGUGUACAACGUUUAUUUCGUUAUUUAACACAACUUGUACAAAAUGAAUUAGAUAAAUAUUUAAUUUCAUUUACUAAUCCACAAGAUGAUGUUGAACAUGAUAUUUACAUUGCUUUUGAAGAAAAUAGUUCAACUAAUGUUAAAUUAUCCGAUUUACGUUGGUUAACAUUAGAUAUAAAUUCAAAUAAUUAUCAUCAAGCAACAUUAGGUGAUAUACUUGCAACACUUUCAUCAAUUAUGGAUUUAUUACGUAAAUGUCGUGUGAAUGCAGCAUUAACAAUUCAAAUGUUUUCACAAAUAUUUCAUUAUAUAAAUACAUGGUUAUUUAAUCGAAUGGUUUGUUGUCCCGAAUUAAAAUUAUGUUCACAUUUUUGGGGAGAAAAAUUAGCAUUACGUUUAAAAUCUAUUAGUGAUUGGGCACAACGACAAGGUUUAGAAUUAGCAUCAGAUUGUCAUUUAACAAAAGUUAAUCAAAUUUGUUUAUUAUUACAAAGUCCAAAACGUGAUGCACAUGAUGUACAACAAUUAAUAUCAAAUAAUACAUUUAAACUUAAUUCAAUACAAAUUAAACAAAUAUUAAAUAAUUAUGUUUCGAAUAGAAAUGAAAUACCUAUUUCACCUACAUUUAGUCAAGCCCUUCUUGCUGCUGCGUAUAAGCAUGUAGAUGAAAAUUUACGUCGUGAAGGUGUACUUGUUCAAUUAGCAGAAGAACCUGAAUUAAAUUUACCAUUUCUAUUACCUGAAGACGGUUAUACAUGUGAAAAUUUACGUGGUAUACCACAACAAUUAUUUGAAUUUAUCGAACCUAUGAGUCGUUCAUCGUUAUGUCGUUUAUUUACAAAUCCACAUAGCCUUGGAAUGUGGACGGAAUUUAUGCAAACACCAAAUGUUGAAAAUGUAUUGACUAAUAAUAAUAAUACAGAAGGAAAUCAAAGUGUUGAAACUGUAAUAUUGAAUAAAAAAGGAAAUAGCCUUGGUUUAAGUAUCGUUGCAGCUAAAGGUGAAUCUCAACAAUUUCAAGGAAUCUAUAUAAAAGCUAUUGUACCAGGUGGUGCUGCUGAAGAUGAUGGACGUCUUCAAGCUGGGGAUCAGAUACUUUGUGUUGAUAAAAUAAGUCUUAUUGAUAUAACACAAGAACAAGCUGCUGAAGCACUUAAACAAUGUGGACCAUUAGUAACAUUGCAAGUUCUUAAAGAUGCAGCUAAUCGCCAAGGUCUCUCAGCAUUACUAUCUAAACCAUCGGAUAAUCAUCAUCAGUAUCAGCAGCAGCAGCAGCAGCAGCAACAACAACAAUUAGCGCGUUUUCCUGCUACAUCCAAUCCAUCAUUAUUAACACAUCCACAUUCACAUCCACAUUUACCAAUACCAUCUCAAACAGCUCCCUUAAAAACUGCAAGUAGCCAUGAACGAUUAUUGACUCAUCACAAUGGUCAACAACAAGCUUAUCAUCAAAAUCAUUUUGCAACACUUGCUCAUCCGCCUCAACAUCACCACCAUCAUCAUCAUCAUCACCAGCAGCAGCAACAACUACAACAACAACCUCAAAUACCUUUAUCAGCAAUAACACAACCUCGACCAACAUCGCGUCCACAAUUACCUAAUACUUCAUCAUCUUAUGAAUUUGUUUACAAUGCUAAAAGUGUACCAGUCAAUAAUAAUAAUAAUCAUCAUCAUCAACGUAUUAUUCAACAAGAUAAUCAACAUCGAUUAAUUCAACCGUCACGUUCGGCACAAAUAUUAAUUGAUGAGGAAACAAAUGAUGAUUUAUUACAUGAUCAUCCUUCAACACAACAACAUCAAUCAAAUCCAAAUCUAUUUCAUUCAAAUCAGAUACAAUAUAAUCCAACAAUUCAUAAUCGUAAUCAAACAUUUGAUAUUCCUAAACGAACAUAUGAUCAUGAAAAUCAUUUUAACAAUGGAAAUGAACAUCAUAUUAAUAAUAAUAAUAAUCAUUAUCAUGAUCAUCAUCAUCAUGAAGACAAUGAAGAAGAAGAACAAGAAGAAAUUGAAGAAGAUGAAGAAGAUCUUUUACCAACAAACUUUAUUCGAUCAGCCAGUGAAAGACAAUCAUUUGGUGAACGAAAUUUAUCUACUGCACCACCAUUAAUAUUUCGUGAAGAUAUACCACCAAAUCAAAAUGGUUAUACAAAUGGAAAUCAUCAAAUGAAACCAAUUAAUCAUACACAAUCAGCAAUUGGACCAGUUAUUGCACCAAAACCAUUACCUAAACCAAUGAUUAGUACUUUAGCAUUAAUCAAACACACAAAUACAACAAAUGAUAAUGAAAUAACUCAUCGAUUAUCAAAAGCAAGUUUAUCAUCAUCAUCAGAUCAUUUAGCUCCACCAAUACGUAAACCACGUAUUCAACAACAAGAAUCAUCAAAAAUGAUAAAUUCUCGUCAAAAUAAUAUAAGUGAAUCACGUUUAAAACGUAUAAGUGAUUUAUUAAAUCGAAAUGAACGUACAGAUCAUGAAGAAAAAGAGUUAGAUAAUUUAAAAUUGGAACAUGAAUUUGAUCGACGUGUUGAAGAAUUUAAUUUUCAAUCAAAUGGAAAUGAUAUUGAAGAAGAACGUAUGAAUAUUAUUCCUAUUUCAACUGUAUCACCAUCACAAAAUCAAAAUGAUGAUAUGAAUGAGUUUGAUGAAAAAUUAAAACGUCGAUUGGAACAGUACGAACAUGAUCGACAAGUUGAACGAGUACAUGCAAAUCGUAUGCAAGCAAAACGUGAGGCUGAUAUUGAAGCACGUUUACGUAAAGAUCGGGAUCGAGAUAAUCGAGAAAUGCAUGAUUUAAAAAUUCGUCGAAUGUCAGAAGAAGAUCGAUCAGUUGAAGCUAAAAAAGAGCAAGCACGUUUAUCAAAGCAUGUUCGUUUACCUGAUUCACCACCAGUACCAAAUGAAACAAUAAAACAUUCAUCAUCAAUUGGUAAUAUUCCAAUUACAAAGGAUAGUUUUGAAAAUCAAUUUUCACCACCUAUUCCACCUCCACCACCAGCAAGAGAUAUAUCAUUUUCUGUAGCUAAUAAUAUUAAACAAUCAUUGAUGCAACGAGUAACAAAUGAUCAUCAAUUAAUAAGUCCACCACUACCUCCUCCACCUACUCUAACACAUGAAGGAUCACCAACAUCAAGUAUUGUUGCAAUACCUGUAUCAUCACUUCACGCUGUUGAACGUAUAACUGCUGAAUUAACACGUCGUGAUGAUUUCUUUACAAAUGAUGAUACAUCAAAUCAAUAUACACCAUCUGUUAUUGGUGCUCAAGAAGUUUAUUUAGAUCCACGUUUUCGUACGAAACGUUUUCAACAACAAAAUGGUCAUGUCAAUGGUAUUAAUAAAGAAAAUCUUAAUAAUGAUGCGAGUGGUGUUACAACAGAAACAAUGUCAUUUCGAGAUAAACUAAAAUUUUUUCGUAAACCACCGGAUCAACAAGAAUGA